AUGGCAGCAAUCGAUUCCAGUUCUCAGAAAUCCUCGGAAGUAAUGCUAGAAAACUCUCUUUUAUGUCCAAAGUGUAAUGGCUCAUAUACUGAUCCACGUCUCCUCUCUUGUCUUCAUUCUUUUUGUGCUCCGUGCCUCAAAUCACUGGUUGAUGAACAGGCCUCAAAACAAGCCAUUAUCUGUCCAACAUGUAGUGAAAUUACUACACUACCUAAAGGAGAUGGCAGUAUCAUCUCUCUCCCGUGCAAUUUCCGGUUGCUUAGCAAUAAAGAAGAGAUUUUGCUUAAAAUUAUGUCUUCCACAUCUCCGUCGUGCAAUUCCUGUGAUGAUGGGGUUGGAUCUGCCGUUGUUUAUUGCACUGACUGUAUGGAUUUUCUUUGUCAAAUUUGUUGGGAUGCUCAUCAAAGAGUUAAAGUUACUCGCUCUCAUUCAUCAUUCACCUUAGAAAAAGCACGAACUAUGCCAAGAAGGGAUCUGCUCAACCUCCUCCCAUCGAUAUCUCUCUCAUGUCAUGUUCACCCUCGUCGAGAGCUUGACUUCUACUGUAUCCAGUGUUCUAUACCUGUUUGUGUUAAAUGCACUAUAAUCAGUCACAGAGACCAUGCUGUUUCUGAAGCCAAACCACAAGCAGCAAAGACAAAAGAAGAGCUUACUAAAGUGAUGACUGCUGUUCAUGAAAGUAAGGAGAAACUGAAAGCAGUUCUGAAUACAGGAGAAAUAGCAAAAGAGAAGAUAAGAAAACAGAAGGAGGAAGUUGACUCGCUUAUAUACCAAAGUAUUGCUAGUCUUCAAAAGUUGCUGGAAGGUAGAGAACAAUCAUUAAUAGAAAAAAGCAAUGAAGUUUCAAUGGCUAUGCAAGCUCGUCUCUCUCACCAGCUUGAUACUUUCAAGUCUUUAAUGGAAGACAUGGCAGCAUGUCAAAAUCUAUCAUUGACUGCUGUCAGAGAUUAUGGUGACGUAGAAUUACUUUCUAUUGCUCGUACACUCCAGACCAGAGCCACUGAGCUACAGGAGAAGUUCUCUGGUACAUCACUCAAGCUGUGUGAGAGCCCACCUGUUAACGUUGAGAUGAAUGUAGGUAAAAUUGCAUCAGGUAUUGCGUCACUUGAUAAAGUUAAUUGGACUGAUCCCGUUUGUCCUGAGGAGACUACAGCUGAGAUACCAUCAUGUAUUCAUGUGGCCGGUAAAGAGUUAUGA